AAACCCUAAAAAUGCACCGCAACUUGCCUUUCAUCUUAAAAAUCGGUCGACCACCGCUGCUAGCCACCACCCAAAAUCCUUGACUCUCUCUUUACUUGCUCCCCGAAUCAAACCCGAUAAUAACAAUAACAAUCCUCUAUAAAAAAAAAUAAACAAAAAGCAAAAUGGGCAAGAAACACAAAAACACGAUUAUAGAAGAAGAAGAAGAAGAAUCACCAAUGUCUCAACAUCAAAAGGAAAACUUUCAACAAACCCCCCCAAAAAAGAAACACAAGAAAACCCACAAAGUCAAAAUCGAAACAAUCAACACAACAUCAUCGUUAUCAGACAAAUCGUUACCCUUAAUCGGGUAUUUUCCAUCUGGGUAUGACCCGAAUGAAAGUAGUUUAAAGAAACAACCUGGUGUUAAGCUUAUGAGACAUGUGAAACGUAGUAAUAGGUUACAGUUAGUUGUGAGCCCAGCUGUUUCUUCCCAGGUUCAGUUUGUCGGUACUAAUUAUUCCGGUGAAGCGGCGGCACCUCAGGCGUGUUCUUAUGCACUUGGAAUACUUGAUAAGGACACUAAUACUCUAAAGAUUGUUCAGAUUGAAUCUAAUAAGAUAUUUAGAUUGGAACCAAAGUUUGGGAAUGAAGAAGAAGAUGAUGCUGCCGAUGAAGUUUCUAACGUUGUGGAAGAUAAAGCGACAAUAGAAGAAACACAAGCAAAAUAUAACUUCUCAACUAGAAAGGCUGAACUAACGGCCAAGAAAGAAAGGGCUAGGCGUUCACAUGGUAAUCCCGAGGCCCAGGAAGAUUUGAACAAUAAGAUGGCUGAUGCAAUGGUCAACACAGAAGCUCUAAAAGCUGGUGCAGCAACUACUAAUAUUGCUCGUAAUAUACCACCUUAUGAUAUGUCAGCAACUUUACCUCAGGAGGCUUAUCCACUACAUAUGAUUAUCUCCAAGGGAGAGUGGAGAUAUCUUCGUGAUAUUGCUGAGCUUUUACAAAAAGGGAGGGAUAUUACACCUGAUGCUUACCCUCAGUUUGUUUGUAAUAGAAUUCAUAACAUCGAGACGGUCAAGGAUGAGGAGGCGAAAGAGGUUCUUGCUUGCAUAUUCUCGUACAUCAAUCAUCUUAUCAAGUUCAAGGACAAGCAUUCGAUGGAUGGGUUUUCGUCUGCAAAACAUCAUAAAUUACCAAACAUACUGAAUCAGAAAUUCAAUGACAUGUUUGGCAACACGGAAUCAAAAAGGCUUGCUGAUGAUAAGAGAGAUCUUCUUAUUAGCUAUGUUUUGGUGCUUACUCUCUUUGCUGACAAGUUUAGAACAGAAUUUACAGACAUAGCUAAGGAUCUGAGAAUGUCCACUGGUGCAUUAAGGACUCAUUUCCAAUUUCUGGGCUGCAAGUUUAUCAGAGAAAACAACUUAACCUUGGCCACACUUCCUGCUCCUCUGAAAUUCCCUGAAGUCACGAUGAAGCGCCGAAGAUAAAUAUGAUGCUCAAAUUUUGUUGCUAAAUGUUUAAUUAGGUUCAUUAUUGGCCUUAUCUAUUUAUAAACAAUUUUCUGUAUCAUGAAUCCUUCAACUUUGGAGGCCUUGUUUAUUUUCAAUCCCCGGGAACCAUGCAAGUUAUAGUUGAGAGUGUUUAGGACU